AUGAUAUCGGUAAGACCUGGUCAACACAGCAACCGCGUUCCUGUUAACAUUGGUAAUAAAAUGUUGGUAACGCGUCGACGGUAUCACGCACGACACGGAUUGCGUCGUGUCCGGCCCAUGUCUCAUUCGGCCGCGACAAUCCGGCGCGUGGCGGCCCCAAGUUCACCGGUGGUGCUACGUGUGACACCGUGCCGCGCGUGCGCGAGCGUUUUUGCCGGAGUAAAUGCGCACCGUAUGAAUUCCGAGGAACGUGUGUCGCGUGAUGGUUUUCCUCGAUGA